AGAAAGAGAUGGAUAAUUUCUUGCUUGAGGCUCAUAAGAAAAUCGUUAGUAGUGAAAUAAAGCAACGCAAUAAGGAGCGCCAAGCUGAUAGAAAAAAACUUAGCAAAGCAGAGCAAGCAUCUCUUAACCAAAAUCAAGAAUCUGAUACCAGGUGCUCCACUUCUGAAAAGAUACCGGAGGUAUUGAAUCCCGUGACUAAAAUUUCAGCCAGGGCCCCUGGCCAAAAUAGCCAUAAGAAGAAAGGUGCAGAAAACAUCAUACAAUUGAUAGCUGACAGCAUUAAGGAUGAUGUCCAAUCGAACGACAAAACCAUUCCUUGCGAUGUGAUUUCAAUUGAGACACAAUUAUUUGAUAAAGCGGAUGAUGCUGAAUAUGGCGCAAUUUGUGCUAAUCAGGAAGAGAUUUUGCGCUGGUAUUAUUAUGGAAAGGAAGUUUUAACUCAGCAACGAUCUAAAGAGACAGGAUUGCAUCUCCCAGAAAUCUCCCGUAAAAACUUACAAAGGAAAACUCAGAAAGCUGUGAAGAUAUAUAAAUUAUUUGAAAAGAUAUCAUAGAUAAUUUCUCCAAGCAUAAUGAUAACGAUAACAGUGAUGUGGAAGAAGUAUCAAGUCACAUAACUGAGAUUUCAGCUGGAAGCCCCGGCCAAAAU